CUGCAUCACUGUAUGUGCCCCUGUAGGGGUUUACUUCCGAAGUAUGAACAGACAGAAGUAAAGGAGGUGAGAAAAAGUGGUGGGAAACCAGGAAAGGCAAAUGAAAGAGGAAAGAUAAAAUCCCUUUGCUUUUUGGUUUGUUCCACACCAGGAGCUCAUCUUUAUCCUUUGCAACAAAUGACCUGCAGUGUGCAAACACUCGGGUGAGAAAGAAUGAGUUACGGUAGCUCAGAUAUAGGUUCUGGUAGUGGAACGGCCACAAGGACAUUCGAGUUUGGAAGGACUCAUGUGGUCAGGCCCAAAGGGAUGCACCAGGCCACUAUUGUUUGGCUGCAUGGCCUUGGUGACAAGGGCUCAAGCUGGUCCCAGCUCUUGGAAACUCUUCCUCUUCCAAAUAUAAAAUGGAUUUGCCCCACAGCUCCGACUCGGCCGGUAAAAAUAUUUGGUGGAUUUCCUUGUACUGCUUGGUUCGAUGUGGGAGAUUUUUCAGAAGAAGACCCUGAUGAUUUGGAGGGAUUAGAUGCUUCAGCAGCAUAUGUAGCCAACCUAUUGUCAACAGAGCCUGCUGAUGUCAAACUUGGUGUUGGGGGCUUCAAUAUGGGUGCUGCAACUGCGCUCCACUCAGUUAUGUGCCUUGUUUCAGGAAAGUAUGCAAAUGGAAACCCUUAUCGUGUCAAUCUAAAUGCAAUUGUCAGUCUUAGUGGUUGGCUCCCAUGUUCAAGGAUCUUAAGGAACCGAGUGGAAGGGUCACAUGGGGCAGCAAGGCGUGCAGCAUCAUUACCCAUAUUUCUCUGUCAUGGGCUGGAUGAUGAUGUGAUUGCAUAUGAACACGGAAAGAGAUCUGCUCAGACAUUAAGCUCAGCCGGAUUUCAAAAUCUUACAUUUAGAACUUAUGAUGGGUUGGGUCACUACACAAUCCCUGAAGAGACCGAUGAAGUUUGUAAUUGGCUGACUGCAAAUUUGGGGCUCCAGGGAUCGUGAUCAUACUAGUGGGACAAGUUGGAGGUAAAGCAUA